UCUACGUCCAUCAUGCUGUGUAUGUAGCAUUCGCCUAGCAGCGCGUAUGAGAAGUAAGAAUAUUGUCGCAACGUAGUAGAUCGUGACGACUAAAGAUGCGACCUUGCAGGAAUAUUUAUAAGCUCUGGUUUAGCUCGGCUGCCCUUACAGAGUUGAUGGGAUAUGGCAGCAGUUGGUUCUUGUCAUGGGUUACAAUAUCCGCAAAGCGCGAUCAACAAACGCAGAUAGCAAAACGAUGGAACUGUCCAUUAAAACUAACUUGCUAACGGAAGGAAAUAGGAUCAUUAUGGGUCUUUG